CCCAGCCCCAGUAUUGCCUCGGGGAUCUCGGUUGAGGUGGCAGGCCUUGUCUCACAUACUAUUUUUGUUGUACCAGCCUGCAGAUUGACUUGUCGUUUUCUUCCUCAUGCCGCCCAUUUCCUGUGGGUCGCGCGGGAUAUGAGCUGGCUUCGGUCAAAGACAUAAUUAAACAGUGAUUUCGGCCUCCGGCCUCCAAGAUACACCGACUUUAUAUCGCUUGUGCAGUCUUUAUUUCUUCCGUAUUCCCGGAGUUGAGUGAUUUUGUUGCCCACGAACUUUUUGGAAGACAAGAUGCGGCAUUCAGUGUCUGAUCCUGACGUGGACGAGAAGCUUCUUUCCGAUGAGGAGGCUACAUGGCCCCGAGAUAAGAAGGCAAAUGAAAGUACAUUCAAGAAAUGUGCGAAAUAUUUUCUGUUCUUUGCAGUGGCCGUGUUCACCUGCUUAGUAGGUGUUGUUCUCGGCCGUCAGCAGAACAACUCGGAUAAAUUCUGCGCUCGACAACUCACACAAUACUCUCCCGUAAUAUCUGAAGUCGGGCUCGAAUACCACCAACAGAAGUUCAAUGGAUCCUUCUUAAAAGAGAAUAUUUAUCGUCAAGAAGCAAGCCCAGAAGUAGAUGCUGCAUGGGAGGCUCUCGGUGUGAACUACAGAAGUCUCAGGGUCCCUGCAUCAGAAGCCCAGCAGUCCGGCCUAGCUCCCGAUCAAGUCAAGAUCAACGAGAAGUAUGGCGGAGGUUAUCCUGCAAAUAUCGAGGGCCUGCAUCACCUGCACUGUCUUAACCUCUUAAGGCAGUCGCUCUACUACAACUAUGAUUACUAUCAUGACCAAGGCCAGGGAGCCUUUGUGAACGAUGACUUUAUUGUUCGACGCCACGUGUCCCAUUGCCUCGACAUCAUACGGCAGCAGCUUAUGUGUACAGUGGAUAUUGGAGUCCUCGGCCAGGUCUGGGUUCACCCGGAAGCCCCCGAGCCAUUCGUUGACUUCAACACGGAGCAUAAAUGCCGUAAUUUUGAAGCUAUUCGGCAAUGGGCCGAACGCAAUCAGCUUCCCGAAACAGUGCCUCAGGACUUUUUGCAGCCCCCGAAGAUCGAGGACAGAGUGUAUAAUGAGAUUCCGUGACGAUGUCAUUUUAAUGACUGUAUAUGUAUAUAUAUAUAUAUAUGUUUUAUAAGACCUAAUGAAAGGAACGUUUGCC